AAGACGUCACUAGGCCGCGCCGCGCACCGCUUGACGUGCUUGCGGCUCGCCUUCCGGAAGGAAGCGCCAGCGGCUGACUAUGGCGACCGCCGCGGAGCAGUGGGUGCUUGUGGAGAUGGUACAGGCGCUCUACGAGGCUCCUGCUUACCAUCUUAUUUUGGAAGGAAUUCUGAUACUCUGGAUAAUCAGACUUCUUUUCUCUAAAACUUACAAAUUACAGGAACGAUCUGAUCUUACAGUCAAGGAAAAGGAAGAAUUGAUUGAAGAGUGGCAACCAGAACCUCUUGUUCCUCCUGUCCCAAAAGACCAUCCUGCUCUCAACUACAACAUCGUUUCCGGCCCUCCAAGCCACAGCAUCGUGGUGAAUGGAAAAAAGUGUGUAAACUUCGCCUCAUUUAAUUUUCUUGGACUCUUGGAUAAUCCUAGGGUCAAGGCAGCAGCUUUGGCGUCUCUGAAGAAGUAUGGUGUGGGGACUUGCGGACCUAGAGGAUUUUAUGGCACAUUUGAUGUGCACUUGGAUCUGGAAGACCGCCUGGCAAGAUUUAUGAAGACAGAAGAAGCCAUCAUAUACUCGUAUGGGUUUGCCACUAUAGCCAGUGCUAUUCCUGCUUACUCUAAAAGAGGGGACAUUGUGUUUGCAGAUAGAGCUGCCUGCUUUGCUAUUCAGAAGGGAUUGCAAGCAUCACGCAGUGACAUUAAGUUAUUUAAGCAUAAUGAUAUGGCUGACCUGGAGCGACUACUAAAAGAACAAGAGAUCGAAGAUCAAAAGAAUCCUCGCAAGGCUCGUGUGACCCGACGUUUCAUUGUGGCCGAAGGGCUGUAUGUGAAUACUGGAGCUAUCUGUCCUCUUCCAGAAUUGGUUAAGUUGAAAUACAAAUACAAAGCAAGGAUCUUUCUGGAGGAAAGCCUUUCAUUUGGAGUACUGGGGGAGCAUGGCCGAGGAGUCACCGAACAUUUUGGAAUCAAUAUUGAUGAUAUUGAUCUUAUCAGUGCCAACAUGGAGAAUUCACUCGCUUCUAUCGGGGGUUUCUGCUGUGGCAGGUCUUUUGUAAUUGACCAUCAGCGACUUUCCGGCCAGGGAUACUGCUUCUCAGCUUCAUUGCCUCCCCUGUUAGCUGCUGCAGCCAUCGAGGCCCUCAACAUCAUGGAGGAGAAUCCAGGCCUUUUUGCAGUGUUGAAGGAAAAGUGCAAACGGAUUCACAAAGCUUUACAAGGCAUUUCUGGAUUGAAAGUGGUCGGAGAGUCAUUUUCUCCAGCCUUGCACCUGCAGCUAGAAGAGAGCACUGGGUCACGAGAAAAGGACAUUAAGCUACUUCAGGAAAUUGUAAAUCAAACUGGACUGCUGCCGAGCAGGCCUUGGGGCCGCGUGUCCGUGUUGGAGUCCACGGUGAUGCCGCCAUUCCUCCUGAGUCUCCCUCGACCCCCUCAGGACGGUUCUCCACACGGGCUUCAUGUCAUGGGACGUGGACCUUCUCUAGAUGCCAGGGUGUCGAUUACUUCGUAAAUCCACCUCUUCUUUCCUCACUAGAUCGCAGCACGUUAGGUCUUACUGCUACUUGGUCCCACAGAGACACAGAGGAGGGCACGUGAAUGAGAUGACUCGAUACUAGUAUCCUGCACUGGCCUAGAUUAGUUAUCCUCCUAAUGAAAAGAGGAGGUGGAAGUCCACGGACAGCUCCCAGCUCCCCAGAUCCUCUCUGUGCCUCCCAGCUCGGUACAGGCCGUUCUCAGGAAUGCAUCCUGAGAGCUGGGUGGGAGGAGAACAGGGUCUCCGGGGGAGGACAGAGGACUCUGCAGACUGCGUCUGGAAGAAGGAAGAAGAAAGCUCUCGCGGUUUCUUUGCAUCUCACAGCUCCCACUUAAAAAUCUUUUGUCCCGCUCUUCUCCGCUUUUUCUUUUUAAUAUUUGAGGGAGAGAAGAGAAUCACGGUACUGUAACUCUUGUUCAAGCUUUGUAGAACUGAGAGGUUUUGCCAGGUUUUUGUUGAGUUGCUUGACAAACCCCUGUUUUUACAAACUGAGCCAUGGUUUAUAGUGUUUCUUAACUAGCCAGGGCUAGAAACAGAGCCGGUGCGGGUGUUUGCAGGAGGAGGCCAUGUUCCCAAGCACACAUCCGGAGUGUGGAAUGGGCAGAGGUCUGGCAUUGUUGCCUGGUGGCGUUUCCACCUUGUGCUAGCCGAGGACAGCCUGCCUCACAGCACACAGAGCGGCCCCUCUUCAAGCAGACGCCUCAGCUGCCACGCGCUGGGAGUGGCUGUUCUUUCCUCUGCACUGCCCCUGGCUCUGAUUGACUUUUUUAAAAACAUGGUUCAGAUACUGCAAAAUUCACCCUUUUAAAGGGUACAAUUGAGUAGUUUUUAGUAUAUGUUGCACAACAUGAGGUUGUGCACCCAUCACUAUCUAAUUCCGAAACAUUCUCAUCACCCAAAAAAGACGCCCUCGUAACCUAUUACCUUAAUCUGGUUUUUAUGCUUGCUUUAUUUUGGUGAAGAAUGUUUUAAUUUUCUUACGAAUUUGGCAGGUGGUUAAUGUCUAGGAAAGCUGUGUAGAAAAUGUGUGACAGCAGAGGCCCUGUGCCUGGUAGCACCUGGCCAGAUGUAGCACACGGGAAUCAGAGGUGUCACUAACAUGUGAAGGGUGAGCAGUUUCUCUCUGCAAUGAUGCUGCUGGUGUCAUGCUUGAGUCCAACUCGUGGUUUGCCUGCUACUGUUUCCCCCUGUCCUAACUCUGCUUUGUCUAAAAUGGUAACCUAGUGCUUCCUGUGGCUAUUUAAAUUUAAAUUAAGUAAAACUAAAAGUCCAGUCUCUCGGUGGUUCUCGCCGUGUCUCCCAGUGCUCACAUGCCGCUUGGGCUCCUGGCUCCUGGCCUGGACAGCGUGGCACGAACACCCGGUCAUGGCAUAGUUUGCAGACCAGUGCUGCUCGCGAUGAUGCUGUGGUGCUGUAGUGUCUUCUAGCACUUGUCGCCUGGAAACAUGAAUUAAAGCUGCCGUUGAGGAGGGCGUUGCAGUGUGCCUUCCUGUUCCAGUCCCCGCAGCGCCUGCUGUCCAGGUGGCAGACGUUUUCC